AAGAAACACGUAUGCACAGUCUGCAAUAAACGCUUCAACCGGCCGAGUAGCCUGAGGAUACACAUCAACACGCAUACCGGUGCUACACCUUUCCAAUGCCCGUUCCCCGGCUGUGGGAGAGGGUUCAACGUCAACUCCAACAUGCGCCGGCAUUACCGGAACCAUACC